AUCCAAAUCGAAGAAAGAAAGGCAAUCCACCAUGGCUAAUUCAUUUGACGUCAACCAACUCCCAGACCAUCUGGACCUCCCUUUCCCUGCUGCCACGAAGCAAGCCACUGGUGUGAUCAAUGGAGUCCAAACCGAUGUGAUGUCGCUGAGCUUCAGCGAUAAGAUCCUCUUUACCAUAUCUCAAAAAGGCCGGCUCGGUCACUGGCUACAUGUCCCUCUGGGCAGUCAAAACCCAGGCACGGAUGGGGCGCACACUAUCCCAGAAUCCGCAGACGACGACAGCCUUCUUCCAAUGGCUAGCUUGACUGCCACUUCUUUGCUGGGGGGCCGGCUUCCUGGACAUGAGACGAUUGGUCAGCUAUAUGCCCGUCAGGUGGCUAGUAUCAUUGUGACGAAGAACCCCAAUGAGAAACGUUUGCUCGUUGUUGGGAUCGGGCUUGAGACCGCCGAGGCUGAUCGCGAUGUCUUUUUUGGAAUUACGGAUCUUGCGCUUCAGUGCAUCUAGAGAGACCUAAUCCGGCCGUGGGGGAAGCCAAAAAGUGAUGCGUGGAAGAGAAGGGGCGAUGCAUGAGCUCAGAAAUAUGAAGCCAACAGGAACCGAGGCACAGGUUUACAAAACAUCGAUAUGUUACGGCCCCGGCAGUCGCUUUGGUCGCCUUUUAGGGUGCAAAACGGCGCAUCUCAAAACCCGCGAAGAUAAUCCCAUGUCUGCACGGCAAAUCUCUUAUGGCCCUGGACAAUCUGAUACCAAGAACAGCUCGGCCGUUGAUUGCAUAAGUCGUUCACGGCAGUUUCUCGUCAUCUCGGAUCAAGGAAUAGACGAUCAGAAACUUUUAUUCCCAGGCUGAUGGCAAGUCAGAAAGUCAUACGGUGCUGCAAAGCUCGUACAGUCCCCCUUCUCGCAGCAGAGGAUAUGGUUUCGAAAUUGCCAUCCUACCGCAGCCGCCAACCAGUUUUUUUAUGGCCGUUUCCCUACACGCCUUAUCCAGAGAAAGCAGUGCGUGGAUAGUUUGGACAGGAUACAGGUGUUGCAAGGGGCUCAAGACAGGACUAAAAUAUUGUCUUCCAUUCUUGUGGCACUCCAGCUUUGGUUAUAGACCAACAAGUUCUACUGUUAUUGAAAGACAGUGCAGCAUUUACCGUCGGGUGUUUUUCCUGUGAGAAACUGAUUUUUCUACUUUCUGAGAUAAAAGUAGUGAAUAAUAGCCUCGAGAGGGAUAAAUAUCUACUUUUCCUUUUCUUAGCUUCUAAC